UCCGUUCAUGUACCAGACAAGGUUAUAAGAAGGGACUUCUGAGGUUAUGAUAGAGAACUUCUGUAUGCGUUUGUUCUUUCUAGAGAGAGAGAGAGAUGGAAGGAAUUGAGCACAGAAUGGUGAGUGUGAAUGGAAUAAACAUGCACAUAGCAGAGAAAGGGGAAGGUCCGGUGGUGCUGCUUCUUCACGGGUUUCCCGAGCUCUGGUACUCAUGGAGGCACCAGAUUUCUGCAUUGGCCUCCCACGGCAACAGAGCUGUGGCUCCUGACCUCCGUGGUUUUGGUGAUACCGAUGCUCCGCCUUCAACCACCAGCUAUACUGCUUUUCACGUCGUUGGCGAUCUUAUUGCCCUCAUAGAUCUCCUCGGCCAAGAUCAGGUGUUUGUUGUGGGACACGACUGGGGAGCUUGGAUUGCUUGGUGUUUCUGCUUGUUUCGCCCUGACCGAGUUAAGGCUGUCGUGAACCUCAGCGUCGCCUUCAUUCCUCGAAACCCAUUAGCCAAACCCCUCGAUCUGAUACGAGCUGCUUUGGGUGACGAUUACUACUUUUGCAGAUUCCAGGAACCUGGAGACAUGGAAGAGGUGUUUGCUCAUUUUGGUACUGCAUCAACACUGAAGAGAUUUAUAAUGUCACUCAAAGCAGAACCAUUAUAUCUUCCUAAAGGAAAAGAAUUUGGAGAUUCACCAGAUCAUGAAAUUUCCUUGCCCUCUUGGUUAUCAGAAGAAGACCUCAAUUACUAUGCCAGCAAAUUCGACAUAAAAGGCUUCACUGGAGGAUUAUAUUACUAUCGAGUUUUUAAUCUAAACUGGGAGCUCAUGGCACCAUGGACUGGUGUACAAGUAAAAGUACCAGCCAAAUUUGUUAUAGGAGACCUGGAUCUGGUAUACAACACCUUAAAUGCCAAGGAAUAUAUACAUGAUGGUGGCUUCAAGAGUGAUGUGCCAUUUCUGCAAGAUGUGGUUGUGAUAGAAGGAGCAGGUCACUUCAUCAACCAGGAAAGGUCUGAUGAAAUAAACACCCAAAUCUUGGACUUCAUUAAGAAAUUUUAAUGUGAUUUUUGGAGCUCCCUCCUUGCUGUGUUCCAUGAUCAGCAUGAUCAGUUUAUCUGAACAUGUUAUGUAAGCUUUAAAUAAACUAAAGUAGGAGCUAUGAACAUCUUAACAUCUUGUGUAACCUUUAAAUAAAUAAAAUAAAGUGGGUUUGAUGUGCUUAUUAUA